AAAGCCGCAAAAGCGCUCGUCAAAUAAGAAAUAUAAAAAGGACACAUUCAAAACAUCACAAUUCUACAAAAUAAAACAUAUUUUACAUAAUUAUUUACUCGCAAGUAGAAGAUUUAAACGUGUUGGCCGGUGAUAUCAUUUCAUUCCUGCAUCUAUAUAUACAGGAUCUCAUCCUCAUAGUUGUUGCACACUUGAUAAAUAUAUAGCACAUCCUCCUCCUCCUCCAUUCUUACUACUACAUUUCUUCACCAAGCCAUUAAAUUAAUUUAUAAUUAGAAGAAGAGGAAAAAGGCUUGGUUGAAAUGGCACUUGCUAAAGAAAUCAUGGGAUUUUCUGUCCUGGAGAAAUCUUCAUUUGUCACCUCAUCAAACAUUGUUUUGUUUAAUAAUAAUUUCAGACAGAGAACUAAGAAUCAUAGGUUCUGUGCUACCCCAGUUGUUGUGUGUUGUUCUGACAACAAGAGGUUUCAGAGGACCACUCCUUCCGCUGCUGUUACUGAUAAUCUGGUCAGGGUGGCUCCUGAAAAGGCUGUCAGAUUCAAGGUCAGAGCUGUGAUUACGGUCAGAAACAAAACUAAGGAGGAUUUUAAGGAGACUCUUGUCAGACAUGUUGAUUCUUUUGCUGACAAGUUUGGAAGAAAUGUGGUGCUGCAGCUUGUCAGCACUCAAGUUGAUCUCAGAACUGGAACACCAAAGAAAAGUAAAGAAACUGUAUUGAGGGAUUGGUCUGAAAAGUCAAAUGUGAAAGAAGAGAGAGUGAAUUACACAGCAGACUUUGUGGUGGACUCAAAUUUUGGAGUGCCAGGGGCAAUUACAGUGAUUAACAAGCACCACCAGGAGUUCUUUAUGGAGAGUAUCACCAUUGAAGGAUUUGCAUGCGGUCCGGUUCAUUUCCCUUGCAGUUCCUGGGUUCAAUCAACCACUGAUCUUCCUGGGAAACGAAUAUUCUUUUCGAAUCAGCCAUAUUUGCCAAGUGAGACGCCAGCAGGGCUGAGAGCAUUGAGGCAAAAAGAACUGAGGGAUUUGCGGGGUGAUGGCAAAGGCGUUAGAAAAUUGUCAGACAGGAUAUAUGAUUAUGACGUGUAUAAUGAUUUGGGAAAUCCUGAUAAAGGAAUUGACUUUGUUAGGCCAUCACUUGGAGGUGAAAAAUGCCCAUAUCCACGACGGUGUCGCACUGGACGCCUUCCUUCCAAUAGUGAUGAUCAUGCAGAGAGUAGAGUGGAGAAGCCAUUGCCCAUGUACGUGCCACGAGAUGAACAGUUUGAGGAGUGUAAAGCCAAUACAUUCUCAUUUAGUAGGCUUAAGGGCAUGCUUCACAACUUGCUGCCAGCUAUAACAGCAAAGUUCUCACCAAAGAACCCUGACUUCAAGGGGUUCGAACAGAUUGACAGCCUCUACAGCGAAGGUCUUCCCCUCAAUCUAGGAACACAAGAUAAAUUUUUGGAGAAGUUUCCUAUGAUGAAGGGAUCAAGGCAAGCCAAUCUUCUGAAAUAUGACAUUCCCAUGAUAACUUCACAGGAUAAAUUUGCAUGGAUGAGGGAUGACGAAUUUGCUAGGCAAGCAAUAGCAGGGGUUAACCCUGUUGCCAUCGAAGGACUUACAUCUUUUCCACCAGUGAGCAAACUUGACCCCGAGCUUCAUGGUCCUCAAGAGUCUGCUCUUAAAGAAGAACAUAUUAUUGGCCAUCUUAACGGCAUGACAGUACAAGAGGCUUUGGAGGGAAAUAAACUUUUUAUUGUGGACUACCAUGACAUUUACCUACCAUUUCUUGACAAAAUAAAUGCCAUUGAUGGUCGUGCAACAUAUGCAACUCGCACCAUCUUUUUCUCAACUCCUUCAGGCACUCUCAAGCCCAUUGCUAUUGAGCUUAGCUUGCCUGGUCCUAGUUCCAGGGCAAAACGAGUGUUCACACCUCCAGUAGAUGCCACUACUAACUGGCUGUGGCAGCUUGCAAAAGCACAUGUGUGUUCCAAUGAUGCCGGAGCGCAUCAACUCGUAUAUCACUGGCUGCGUACACAUGCAUGCACUGAGCCAUUUAUCAUUGCGGCGCAUAGGCAACUGAGUUCAAUGCACCCUAUAUAUAAGCUUCUUGACCCACACAUGAGGUACACCCUCGAGAUCAAUGCUCUAGCUCGCCAGAAUCUGAUCAAUGCUGAUGGUGUUAUUGAGGCAUGCUUCACCCCUGGUCGUUACUGCAUGGAGAUCAGUGCUGCUGCCUAUAAGAAUUGGCGCUUUGAUCUAGAAGGACUACCUGCUGACCUCAUCCGAAGGGGUAUGGCAGUACCGGACUCCACACAGCCGCAUGGUGUGAAACUCCUACUUGAUGACUACCCAUAUGCUGCUGAUGGACUUCUAAUCUGGGACGCUAUCAAUAACUGGGUACGCACCUAUGUGAAUCAUUACUACACAGACUCAAACACAGUCUGCAACGACAGAGAGCUCCAGGCCUGGUAUGCAGAAUCAAUUAAUGUGGGGCAUGCUGAUGUGCGCAACGAAAGCUGGUGGCCUCGAUUAGCCACCAGUGAUGAUCUCACUUCCAUACUCACCACCAUAAUCUGGCUUGCAUCUGCACAGCAUGCUGCCCUGAACUUUGGUCAGUAUCCUUAUGGAGGUUAUGUUCCUAACCGGCCACCACUGAUGCGGCGUUUAGUCCCUGAUGAAAAUGAUCCAGAAUACGUCAACUUUCUCUCUGAUCCUCAGAAAUAUUUCCUUGCUUCUAUACCAAGUAUGCUACAGUCAACGAAGUACAUGGCUGUAGUGGACACAUUGUCAACGCACUCGGCAGAUGAAGAGUACAUUGGGGAGAGAAGUAACCCCUCUAUCUGGUCUGGAGAUGCAGAAAUCGUGGAGGCAUUCUACGAGUUCUCAGCCAAGAUCGGACAUAUAGAGAAAGAAAUCGAGGAAAGAAACCGCGAUCCAAAACUCAAAAACCGGUGUGGUGCUGGAGUGUUACCAUACGAACUACUGGCACCAAGUUCUGGUCCUGGAGCAACAUGCAGGGGUAUUCCUAAUAGUGUAACUAUAUAGAAGGUUAAAUCAGGUGGAAAAUUUAAUUUUGUAGCAGUCCUAUAAAAGCUAGAUGUGGGAUGGCACUAGUUGUCAAGUAUAAGUGUGUUGGGUGUAUAUAGAAUACAAGUAUAAAAAAGUUGAAUUGGACAUGUCCUGCACCUGCAAUGCAUAGAAAGUGGUGGCUUAAUACAGGAAACACCUUUAUGUAUAGAAUGUUCAACUUGGUAGGGGAAUUGUUAUAUAAGAAAUUCUUUGAUUUUACA